AGUAGAAAAACAGAAGCAGCAAGUACGGCUGGGAUAAAGCUAUGGCUGGAAUUUUCCAUUCCGAAACCCCUAUGAGCGGAGAAAUAUCCCAACGAGAAAAACCCUUCAAAGAUGGGACUUGGAAGCAGAGAAAAGACACAGGAACGACCCAAUACUACUUUCUCCUCAUCUGAUGCGAGCAACAUGAAGCACAUCGACAAAGGCAAGGCCAUUGCUCAGUACAAUGUGGAUGCUGGGCUCAUGGCUGAGUUUGAGGAGUCUGGUGUGUCUGGUAAGUCGUUUAAUUAUUCAAGGUCGGUUCUUUAUGCUCCACAGAAUGUAGCUGACGAACAAAUAACUGCCUAUCUAGCAAGAAUUCAAAGGGGUGGACUUGUUCAGCCAUUUGGUUGUAUGGUUGCUAUUGAAGAACCAAUUUUUAGGAUCAUAGGUUAUAGUGAGAAUUGCUUUGAAAUGUUGGGUUUAAAUAUGGAUGAUGAUGACCUUGAAUCUAUAGGGUCAAAGGGUUUGAUUGGAAUUGAUGCAAGGAUCCUUUUUACCCCUUCCUCUGGGGCUUCUUUAGCAAAAGCUGCGGCUUCUAGGGAGAUUUCAUUGUUAAACCCAAUUUUGGUUUAUUCUAGAAGCAAGCACAAACCAUUUUAUGCUAUACUGCAUAGGAUUGAUGUGGGAAUUGUGAUUGAUUUGGAGCCUGCUCGGUCAGGGGAUCCUGCUUUGUCACUUGCUGGUGCUGUGCAGUCACAGAAACUUGCUGUUAGGGCGAUCACCAGGCUACAGUCACUCCCUGGGGGUGAUAUUGGUGUGCUGUGUGACACGGUCGUUGAGGAUGUUCAGAAGCUUACUGGGUAUGACAGGGUUAUGGUGUACAAGUUCCAUGAUGAUGAUCAUGGUGAAGUUGUGUCAGAACUUAGGAGGUCAGAUUUGGAACCCUACUUGGGUUUGCAUUAUCCUGCUACAGAUAUUCCUCAAGCAGCUCGUUUUUUGUUCAAGCAGAACCGUGUAAGAAUGAUUUGUGAUUGUCAUGCAAAUCCAGUCAGGGUCAUUCAAAGUGAGGAUCUAAAGCAGCCUUUAUGCUUGGUAAAUUCAACUUUGAGGUCUCCCCAUGGUUGUCACAUGCAGUACAUGGCAAACAUGGGUUCUAUUGCGUCAUUGGUGAUGGCAAUCAUUAUUAAUGGGAAUGAUUCAACAAAACUUUGGGGAUUGGUAGUAUGCCAUCAUACUUCACCACGCUAUGUGCCUUUCCCUCUUCGUUAUGCUUGUGAAUUCCUCAUGCAUGCAUUUGGACUGCAGCUAUAUAUGGAGCUUCAACUGGCAUCACAACUGGCAGAGAAGAAGAUUCUCAGGACACAGACCUUACUUUGUGAUAUGCUACUCCGUGAUGCACCAUUUGGUAUUGUGACUCAGUCCCCUAAUAUAAUGGACCUUGUUAAGUGUGAUGGGGCUGCAUUAUAUUAUGGUGGAAAAUGUUGGUUGCUAGGCGUGACUCCAACUGAAUCACAGGUAAAGGAUAUUGCGGAGUGGCUUCUCAGCAAUCAUGGAGAUUCUACUGGAUUGAGUACAGAUAGUUUGGCAGAUGCUGGUUAUCCAAGUGCUGCUUUACUGGGUGAUGCAGUUUGUGGUAUGGCUAUUGCCAGAAUCACUUCAAACGAUUUCUUGUUCUGGUUCAGGUCUCACACUGCAAAGGAAAUGAAAUGGGGAGGAGCCAAGCAUCAUCCAGAAAACAAGGAUGAUGGUGGAAGAAUGCAUCCAAGGUCAUCAUUUAAAGCUUUUCUUGAAGUGGUGAAAAGUAGAAGUUUGCCUUGGGAGAUCUCAGAGAUCAACGCUAUUCACUCUUUGCAGCUUAUAAUGAGAGAUUCAUUUCAAGAUAUGGAGGACAGUGUCUCCAAGGAUUUGGUCAAUUCCCAGCAGAAUAACAUGGAGAUUCAGGGGAUGGAUGAACUCAGUUCAGUAGCUUGUGAAAUGGUCAGAUUAAUUGAAACAGCCACAGCUCCAAUAUUUGGUGUUGAUUCAGCUGGUCUCAUCAAUGGUUGGAAUGGAAAAAUUGCUGAUUUGACAGGAUUACAAGCUAAUGAAGCUAAGGGGAAGUCCCUGGUUAAAGAAGUUGCGCACAAGGACUCACAAGAGGUGGUUGAAACUCUUAUAUGCACAGCUUUGCAAGGUGAAGAGGACAAAAAUGUUGAGUUAAAACUCAGAAAUUUUGGGGCUCAUCAGCAGAACUCAGUUGUGUAUAUUGUAGUAAAUGCCUGCACAAGUAGGGAUUACACAAAUAAUGUUGUUGGGGUGUGUUUUGUGGGUCAAGACAUCACAUCUGAGAAAGUUAUGAUGGAUAAGUUCAUUCGUGUGCAAGGGGAUUACAGGGCUAUCAUACAAAGUCUAAGUCCCCUAAUUCCCCCAAUAUUUGCUUCUGAUGAGAAUGCCUGUUGUUCUGAGUGGAAUGCAGCCAUGGAAAAACUGAGUGGUUGGUUAAGAAAUGAGGUACUAGGUAAAAUGCUUCCUGGAGAAAUUUUUGGAGGUCUAUGUCAGCUGAAAGGCCAAGACACAAUGACUAGAUUUAUGAUUCUGUUGUAUCAAGGAAUUAGUGGUCAGGAUACUGAGAAGUUCCCAUUUAGCUUUAUGGAUAGGAACGGCAAAGUUGUGGAGUGUUUCUUGACCGUGAAUAAAAGGAUGGAUGGAGAAGGGCACAUAAUAGGCUGUUUCUGCUUCUUGCAUAUUAUUGUGCCUGACUCACAGCAGGCUCUUGAAGAACACGGGCGAGAGAAUGAAGACUACUUUUCACUCAAGCAGUUGGAUUAUAUAAGACAAGAGAUGAAAAAUCCUCUGAAUGGUAUUAGAUUUACCCAUAAGCUCCUAGAGACCACAGCUAUUUCUGAAAAUCAGAAACAAUUUCUUGAGACUAGUGAUGCAUGUGAAAAGCAAAUUAUGACAAUCAUUGAUGAUAUGGAUUUAGGAAGAAUUGAGGAAGGCAACAUGGAGCUGAAAAUGGAAGAAUUUCUUUUGGGAAAUGUACUGGAUGCCGUUGUUAGUCAAGUCAUGAUCUUGCUAAGGGAAAUGAACUUGAAGCUUUUUCACGAGAUUCCAGAGGAAAUGAAAACAUUAUCUCUGUAUGGUGACCAAAUGAAACUCCAGCUGGUGUUGUCAGAUCUCUUGUUUAAUGUGGUACAUCAUGCCCCCAGAGAUAGCUGGGUGGAAAUCAAGAUUUUACCUGGUCUUAAGCUAAUACAAGAUGGAAACGAAUUUAUCCGGUUACAGUUCAGGUAUCAUAUCUAUAACUUGCUGCAGUUCUAUGAUAAUGGAAUUUUGUUGUUGAUGUUCAAAGAAAAUGCAGCAAACUCAAGUAAAGGUGUUAUUCUUACCGGGUUAAGCAGUUUUUUGCCUCUUUAAAGCAAUUGUUUUUCCUGACGCUAUUUAUGAUUUAUAUCAGCAUCUCCAUCAGAUAUUUGUUUACCAGGAAUAAAUAGGUGAGAUUGUUUAUGCUACAUGCAGACCAAUAUUUUUCACUUUUAUGCUUCUAGAAUGACACACCCUGGUAAAGGUCUUCCUCCUACUCUUAUCCAAGAUAUGUUCAAUGGUGGAAGUCAAUGGACCACGCAGGAAGGCCUUGGACUAAACCUGUCAAGGAAGCUUCUCAAUAAGAUGAAUGGUCAAGUCCACUAUGUCAGGGAACAUAAUAGGUGCUACUUCCUCAUUGAUCUUGACAGUAGAACAAGAAAAGGAAGACAAAGAGGGGUACAGGUAGAUUUGACCGGAAUGACCUAGUAUCUUCUUAAGAACCUUUCAUCUUACACGUAUUUUCAUGUCAAGUAGAUGUCAAGCAGAUGGGAGUAGUUGGGUAAAGCAUAAAUUUGGCUUCUAAUUCGACAUCUCUUGUCAUCUGUUUAUCUUGUGGAGACCAGUCAGCAUGCCAUAGCAUAGCCUUUUGUUUGAUGUUUAUGUACAAUUCAGCAUAAAUUCACUCUUGUUAAUAUUCACCCGAGAAUUAUUUUCCUCUU